ACCAACCAAAAACAAUAAAUUUUAUAGUAGUACAAAAACACCAUGACUUUUUAGUACGACUCUUAUAAACACCACUUAUAUAAAUUACACGACAUAUCUCUUAACUUGGAGUAAUCACAGACACAUAAACCCACUAGAUAGGUUUUCACAUGUCUCGUCCUCUUUUCUUCUUCUUCUUCCUCUUUCUUGUCUUGGUCGUCCCUUGUCUCUCCCAUGGAACCGGAGCAGACCACGACGACGAUGAGUCCCCACCCGUUAAGAGUAGCUCUGACCUCAAAUCAAAAUCCUUAAUCUCUGUCAAAAUCGGGUGCCUUGUCAUCAUCUUUGUCCUCACGUUCAUAAGCGGAGUAUCUCCUUAUUUCUUGAAAUGGAGUCAAGGGUUCUUGGUUCUUGGUACACAAUUCGCCGGAGGCGUGUUUCUUGCAACCGCCUUGAUGCAUUUCCUUUCCGAUGCUGACGGGACGUUUCGUGAUUUGUUGACGGCGGAAGGAGAGUCGGAGCCGUCUCCGGCUUACCCAUUUGCUUAUAUGUUGGCUUGUGCUGGUUUUAUGCUGACCAUGCUUGCUGAUUCUGUCAUCGCUCAUAUCUACUCAAAGAAGGCCCAAAGAGAUUUGGAGCUUCAAGGAGAAGACAAAUCGAAUCAGACGUCAGCAACGACUGAAACAUCGGUUGGAGAUAGCAUUCUGUUGAUCGUAGCUCUCUGUUUCCACUCUGUUUUCGAAGGCAUAGCAAUUGGGAUCUCAGAGACUAAAUCAGAUGCUUGGAGAGCUCUAUGGACAAUAACACUCCACAAGAUAUUUGCAGCUAUUGCCAUGGGAAUUGCUCUUCUCCGUAUGAUCCCUGACCGUCCUUUGUUCUCAUCAAUCACUUAUUCUUUCGCAUUCGCCAUCUCGAGCCCAAUAGGUGUAGCGAUCGGGAUAGUCAUCAAUGCAACGACACAAGGGUCGGUCGCAGAUUGGAUAUUCGCAGUGUCUAUGAGCUUGGCGUGUGGGGUGUUUGUGUACGUGUCUGUCAACCAUUUGUUGGCAAAAGGGUAUACACCAAACAAGAAGGUUCAUGUAGAUGACCCUCGUUAUAAGUUUUUGGCUGUGUUCUUAGGUGUUGUUGUCAUAGCCAUUGUUAUGAUAUGGGACACUUGAGAAAAGAACGAAAAAACAACCAAUUGUAUCAAAAGAUUUGAUUACACACAAUAUGUUUGGUUCU